GGGGACACACACAAUAGAGCUAGAUUAAUGCUUAAGCACAUACCUACACAUGUGUAAACUAUUGACGGCCCUUUUAUAAUAAAUUAGCUGCAGAGAUUGUAUACGUAUGUCAAAGCAGGCAUAUUGAAUUUCCAGCACUGCCCUUUGUAUAAUUCUAUUCCAAACCACACGGUUUGCAUUGCAGUAUAAAGAUCAUCCUCAAGAACUCGAGAAGCAUACCAGAGCAGUAGAGCAAUCCUCUGUUUCUCACUCAUCGUCUUCCUCUGCUCCAGUUUUUGUUGUCGAUUCAGGCAAUGGCCGACGAAGUUCAGCAGCUCACCAGGGCCUUCUCAGGCCUUGGCGGGCUCGGCGUGGAUGAGCCGACGAUGGUGUCGGCGCUGGCGCGGUGGCGGAAGCAGCCCGAGAAGCGGUCGGGGUUCCGCAAGGGCUUCCCGGGCUUCUUCAAGAGCCACGGCGAGAUCGACCGGUGCGAGGACGAGUACAUGCUGCACCUGGCCGCCGAGUUCGCGCGGUUCAAGAACCUGAUGGUGCUGUGGGCGAUGCACCCGUGGGAGCGCGACGCCCGGCUGGCGCACCACGUCCUCCACCAGCAGCACCCGCCCGCCAUCGUCGUGGAGGUCGCCUGCACGCGGUCCGCCGACGAGCUCCUGGGCACGCGCCGCGCGUACCAGGCGCUCUUCCACCACUCCCUCGAGGAGGACGUCGCGUACCGCGCCAGGGACAAGCCCUACUGCAGCCUGCUGGUGGGGCUGGUGAGCGCGUACCGGUACGAGGGCCCGCGGGUGAACGAGGAGGUGGCGAAGGCGGAGGCCAAGGCGCUGGGCGCCGCCGUGAAGAGCGCGGCUGCUGCCGGCGGCGGCGGGAAGAAGCUGGUGGAGAACGAGGAGGUGGUCCGGAUCCUGACCACCAGGAGCAAGCCGCACCUGGUGGAGACGUUCAAGUACUACAAGGAGAUGCACGGCCGGCACGUGGAGGAGGACCUGAGCCAGAGCAGCGGGGAGGAGGAGACGACGACCCUGCUGGAGACCGUGCUGUGCCUCGCCGCGCCGGCCAAGUACUUCAGCCAGGUGAUGGAGGGCGCGCUGAGGGACGGCGCGGACCACCACGGGAAGGAGGCACUGACGAGGGUGGCCGUGACGCGGUCGGACCACGACAUGGACGACAUCAGAGCCGCCUACCACCAGCAGUUCGGGGCCAAGCUGGAGGACGCCAUUGCGGCCAAGGCGCACGGGCACUACAGGGACGCGCUGCUCUCCUUGGUCGGCGCCGGCAAGUGAUCAAUGUGCUGAGCGCUCGCUGCCUGCUGCUGCUGCUGAGCUCGAUGGAGUGUUUUUUUCCCCCUCCCUCCCUUCCCGUGUGUUUUUGUUUCGUUUUCGUCUUCGUGGUGUCGUCUGUGUAUUGCAAACUUUGUUCUGUUGUCGAUCGAGCGGGACUGUAACAUUUGCAGCUGAUGAGUCAUCAGAUCCAAUAAGAUGUGCAAGAGUUUCUUUAUUACAACAACAAAAAAAAACGUUGCAUUUUCCA